UUCAACAUAACCCUACAUUAGUUGUUGUUAUAAGUGUAAGUGCAUUCAGAAAUUAACAAGAAUGGAUGAAAAAGUAUGGAAAAUAAUCUUUGACUUAUAAAUGUGUCGUUUCUUUACGUUCAUUAAGUAGUUAAUCAUUUAUCAAGAUUAAGUGGACAUAAAAAUGACUGCUGUUACAAGUGAUGUUCGAUUCAGAAGGAUAAUCACAUUACAUAGUAUUUGCACAAGCAUUUACACCUCCUUUAUUAUUUUUAUAUUGGUUUACACUCAUAAAAUAUACGAAAUUGGAAAACGUAGUUCUUUGCCAGUAAUUGGAGUGCUGAUCGUUGGCGAAUGUCUGAAAGUAGUAUUUCGACCGUUUACCUCCGAAACUUCCACAAAAGAAAAGCAAAAUAAACCAAAGAAGUUUAAUUUAAGCAGUAAACUUAAAUGUGCUCUUGUUUUAUGUACUAGUAUUGUAAUUUAUUAUUGUUUAGCUGUAUUAUUUGGUGCACCGUUUUUGUCAUCCCAUGAGGAGACUUUCAUGUUUGCGUUAUUACUAACAGUGCUGACAGUUUUACCAUCUUGUUUGGCAGUUGGCGCUGAUGUUACAAUUGCCAUUCUUAUUGAUUUAACGUCAUUUGAAGGCGAUAUCAUUACUGAAACCAUCAAACAGAACAUAUGUGUUACAUUGGUCGGAGCCUGGUUAGGGGCUGUUGUAAUACCAUUAGACUGGGAUAGGCCUUGGCAAGCUUGGCCUAUACCGUGUUCACUUGGAGCUGUAAUUGCCUAUAUGUGUUCUAACUUAUUUAAUAUUGUUGGUAUGUCAUCUAAAACUUUAAAGAAGAAGACUGGCAGAUACAAUUUAUGAACCUUGCAACAAAGCAUUUAAUUAAACAAAAUUUGCAAUAAAUUUUUGGUCAUACAGUUUAGCAAUGGAAAAACCUCAUUGAUUUUUAUGUGGAUACAAAAUUAAUGUAUGCGUCUGUAAACUACUUAAACAAAUAAAAAUGUAAGUUUCU